UUCACUCUUUAUUUAUUUAUUACUUUAUUACUUUAUUACAUUUUUUUUUUUUUAAUCAUUGCCGGUGUGGGUGGGUUGGGGCUGGCGUUGUCCGGUUGUCACCGCGGGCUGGCGGAGAUCGUCGCGAUUGUCGCGAUUGUCGCGUCCCCGGGGAGGGGAUGCGGGCGCUGAGGGCGCUGCGGUCCCGCAGGUUCCAGGCGAUGGCGGCGGCGGCGGCGGCCGGGGGGGCUCGGAGGGGUCGGGUGCUGAACCCCGAAACCAUGAACCCCGCGAUCCGGAGGGUGCAGUACGCGGUGAGGGGUCCCAUCGUCAGCCGGGCCCUGGAGAUCGAGCAGGAGCUCAGAGAGGGUGUCCCCAAACCCUUCACCGAGGUGAUCAAGGCCAACAUCGGUGACGCUCACGCCAUGGGCCAGCAGCCCAUCACCUUCCUGCGCCAGGUGACGGCGCUCUGCCUCUGCCCGGAGCUCAUGAAGGACCCGUCCCUGCCCAGCGACGCCAAGGAGCGAGCGCAGCGACUUCUGGAGGCCUGCGGUGGCCGGAGCGUGGGGUCCUACAGCGCCAGCCCCGGUGUGCCGAUGGUGCGGGAGAACGUGGCGCGAUACAUCGAGCGUCGCGAUGGCGUCCCCUCCAAAGCCGAGGACAUCUUCCUGUCCACCGGCGCCAGCGACGCCAUCGUGAACAUCCUGAAGCUGCUGGUGUCGGGCUCGGGCUCGUCGCGCACGGGGGUUCUGAUCCCGAUCCCGCAGUACCCGCUGUACUCGGCGGCGCUGGCCGAGCUGGAGGCCGUGCAGCUCGGUUAUUUCCUGGCCGAGGAGCGCUGCUGGGCGCUGGACGUGGCCGAGCUGCGCCGGGCGCUGGCCGAGGGCCGGCGGCGCUGCUGCCCCCGCGUGCUCUGCAUCAUCAACCCCGGGAACCCCACCGGCCAGGUGCAGAGCCGGGAAUGCAUCGAGGCCGUCAUCAAGUUCGCCUACGAGGAGAAACUUUUCCUCAUGGCCGACGAGGUGUACCAGGACAACGUCUACGCCGAGGGCUCGGCCUUCCACUCCUUCAAGAAGGUCCUGAUGGAACUGGGGCCUCCCUACUCGGAGGAGGUGGAAUUGGCCUCCUUCCACUCCAUCUCCAAGGGAUUCAUGGGAGAGUGCGGCCUGCGGGGAGGAUACAUGGAAGUGGUGAACAUGAACCCGGAAGUGAAGGCGGAGCUGUCCAAGCUCGUGUCCGUCCGUCUGUGCCCGCCCGUGCUCGGACAGAUGAUCCUGGACACCGUCAUGGAUCCGCCCAAACCGGGAGAGCCGUCCUACGAGAGAUUCCAGGCUGAGAAGAAGGCCGUGCUGGGCGCCCUGGCGGAAAAGGCGCGGCUGACGCAGGAGAUUUUCAACCGGACUCCCGGGAUCCACUGCAACCCCGUGCAGGGAGCCAUGUACUCCUUCCCACGGAUCGACCUCCCGCCGCGGGCCCUGGCCGCCGCCAAGGAGAACAAGCAGGCCCCGGACAUGUUCUUCUGCAUGAGGCUCCUGGAGGAAACCGGGAUCUGCGUCAUCCCGGGAAGCGGCUUCGGACAGAAGGAAGGCACCUUCCACUUCCGGAUGACCAUCCUGCCCCCCGCGGAGAAGCUGAAGAACCUUCUGGAACAGCUCAGCUCCUUCUACACCAAGUUCGUCACGGAAUUCUCCUGAGGAGCCCCCGGACCCCGCUCCCGCUGGGCCCUCCUGGCCUUCGGCAUUUCGGGAAUUCCGGCUUUUGGGAUCUCGGGAAUUCCGGGUUUUGGGGUUUUGGGAAUUCCGGGUUUUGGGGUUUUGGGAAUUCCGGGUUUUGGGGUUUCGGAAAUUCCGGGUUUUGGGGUUUUGGGAAUUCCGGGUUUUGGGAUUUUGGGACUUCCAGCUUUUGGGGUUUUGGGAAUUCCGGCUUUUGGGAUUUCUGGGAAUUCCAGCUUUGGGGUUUUUUG